CGUAAUUACGGAUACAGCAGAUCUAGUUUUAGAGGGCGUCUAUAAGAUCUAAUUGGAGGAUUGCAGUAUUGACUAUCCGCUUCUAGUCAUUAUGGCAUGACAGAAUACCGCCCUACUCGCUGCCCUACGUCAACUGCAGCUUCACAAGAUGGUUUCCGCCGUCAUUGCUCCAUGAGCACAAUAGCAAAACUGCAAAAGGAGCUGCAGAAGGAAUUGAACCGCUGCGCGUGUUGAUUGGGACUACGUGACCGUGGGUCCCAUCGUGAUGACUUCAUCAGAAGACCUUCUCCGCAAUCGCACUGCCCUCAUCCUCUAUGGCUCAGAGACCGGAAAUGCCCACGAUGUCGCCGAGCAAAUCCGCGACACCGCCGAACGCCUACGGUUCAGCAGUCAUCUAUGCGAACUGGACAGUAUUAAUCUGAACGACCUCCUAAAACACCAGGUCGUCCUCUUCGCCAUUUCCACCACCGGCCAGGGCGACUUGCCCGCCAACGCCCAGAAAUUCUGGCGCUCGCUCCGCAGCGCCCGGCUCAAGCCGGGAUGUCUCUACCCGCUUCAAUUUAUCUCCUUUGGGCUAGGAGACACUUCCUAUCCGAAGUUCAAUUGGGCGCAUCGGAAGCUGCGCAAUCGCCUCACGCAACUGGGCGCAAUCGCGCUCUAUGAUAGAGGGGAGUCGGAUGAGCAGCACCCCGAAGGGGUGGAUGGAACAUUUGUUCCCUGGUUGACUGGCCUCCGCAGUACGCUCCUAGAGCUGUUUCCUCUCCCUAACGGAGUGGACGCGAUACCCGAUCAAGUGCUGUUGCAGCCGAAGUGGUUGUUGGCUCUGGAUGAUGCACCCGAGAGCACGACGAACAGAAAGGCAAAUUUCUUAGUGUCUGAUCUACUGCCCAUUACAGGGAGUGUGCCGGUGGAAGUGGUCUCCAAUGAUCGUGUCACUCCGGACGACCAUUGGCAAGAUGUUCGACACCUGAUUCUUUCUACUGACGAACAGUAUGAGUAUGGUCCAGGAGACGUUUUGGCGAUUCAGCCCCAGAAUUUCGCUGAGGACGUCUCCCGUCUCCUAGAGCUGUUAGGUUGGUCAUCCAUUGCCGACAAGUCCCUUAAAUUCAUUCCGAAUGGUUCCAUCCCACUCCCACCAAAUUAUCCACCGCCACCCAUCCGCACCGAUUCCCUCAUGACCCUCCGCACGCUUCUCACCUCCUACCUCGACCCCAUCUCGAUCCCCCGUCGUACAUUCUUUGCCCUCCUAGCGCACUUCACCGACGAUCCCGACCACCAGGAGCGUCUCCUCGAAUUCGCCGAUCCAAUCAACCUAGACGAUCUAUACGACUACACGACCCGCCCCCGUCGCUCCAUCUUAGAGUCUCUCGCCGACUUCCCGUCCUUGAAACUCCCAUGGGAAUGGGCAUGCGCGGUCUUCCCGCCCCUCCGACAGAGGCAGUUCAGUAUCGCGAGUGGCGGCCAGCUCAAGUAUCUGCAAUCACAGGGACAUGUUCCGGCAGGUGUUGCGAGCACCGGAACGCGGUUUGAGCUUUUGGUGGCGAUCGUGAAGUACAAGACUGUGAUCCGUCGCAUACGAGAAGGUGUCUGUACGAGAUACAUUUCGUCCCUGCCGCCAGGAUACAAACUCAACGUGGUGCUGCAAAAGGGUUCGUUGGCCAUCAAGCCGGAUGAACUGAUGCAGAGACCGUUAAUUAUGGUCGGGCCGGGCACGGGAGUGGCGCCAUGUCGGAGCCUGAUCUGGGAGAAGCAGGCACUCCUUGCGAAUCAUAACAAUGGUAACUCAGGUCUCUUGAAGACAAAUGAUGUGCUAUUCUUUGGUUGUCGAAACGAAAGGUCGGAUUAUUUCUUUGGGGCAGAAUGGCAGCGGAUGAAGGAGCGGGGUGUUUUGGACGUCUUCGCAGCGUUCUCAAGGGACCAGAGGCAGAAAGUCUAUGUGCAGGACCUUAUCCGUGAGCAAGGCGAGCUAGUAUACAAGCUUCUGGAAGAAUGCAACGGGUUAAUAUACAUCUGCGGGUCAUCUGGGAAAAUGCCCCAAGCUAUUCGAGAGGCACUGAUAGAAGUGUUUCAGCGAGGAAACGCGCGAUCUCGAGAAGAGGCGGAGGCAGUUCUGGUAAGGAUGGAGAAAGAGGGACGAUACAAACAGGAAACCUGGUAGCUUGUUUGUGGCGAGGGAGAACAAGUUAAAUAGAGAUAGAUGUACAACGG